AGCACGUCGUACGUACGUACGAGCCAAGUUUUACGCCAUGGGCACCUUCCUAGGGCACGUCCUGCCCGGCCUGGCCUUCGCCAUCCUCGGCGUGUGGCACGUGCUGAACACCGUCAAGGGCUACAAGCUCAACGGCGCCUCCGGCUUCCGCUCCGCCACCUGGUUCCCGUUCCCGUCGCCGCCGCUGCCGGGCCUGAGGCACCUGGAGCUCUACCUCAUGCUCUCCUUCUCCGUGCUCGCCAUCGCCGACCAGCUCGUCGACCUCCCCAUCCUCGCGCUCCGCCUCCACCCGAACAGCCUCGAGCACGCCACCAUGUACCUCCACCUCGCCGUGUACGCGUCGGUGGCGCUCGCCGCCGACGUCUCCUCCCGGCGCAGUGACGCCACCUCGACGCCCGGCGGCGCGGGGGUCGGGAACGUGGUGACCGCGCUCGCCGCGUCGGUGUUCGGGCAGGAGCUGUUCCUGCUCCGGUUCCACUCCGCGGACCACGCGGGCCUCGAGGGCCACUACCACUGGCUGCUGCAGCUGGUGGUGGCGGCGUCCGUCGUCACCACCGCCGCCAGCGCCGUCCUGCCGAGGAGCUUCGCCGUGGCGGUGGUUCGGUCGGCGUCGGUGCUGCUCCAGGGCGUGUGGUUCGUGGUCAUGGGCUUCGCGCUGUGGGUGCCGGCGCUCGUGCCGGUCGGCUGCCGCGGCGGCGUGGAGGUGGAGGGGAGCGCCGCGAUGCGGAGCGCAGUGGCGUGCGUGACGGAGGAGGCGGCGCGGAGGGCGGUGGCGAUGGCCAACCUGCAGUUCAGCUGGGCGAUCGCCGCCGUGUGGGUCGUCACGGCGUACCUGUGCCUCAGGGUGGACUACUGCCGGUGCUUGGAUUACAUGCAGCUUCAGUCGCCGCCCAGCGGCGGUGUUGUCGCCGGCGACGGGGAUGCGCCGCCGCCGCAGAAGCAUGUCUUUCCUGUCGAAGAGCACGUGUAGAAGAAGUUGCUCAGUGCAGCACUGAUCACUUGUUCGAUUGUCUGGGAUAAUUUCGUUGCACGUCUUGGGUUGUGUCGCUUUUGAAAGUGUGUGCGUGCAACUGCUUCACAUUGGAGGCGGAGCCACAGGGUAUGCCGGGUAUGCACCGGCAUACCCUGUCUAACCGGCACCUGACCAAUAGAAUAUAGGUAUUAUACACAUCUGUAUGUAUAAAGAAAAAAGAAAACAAAUUAAC